GUCACGUCUAUGAUAACGAAAGAGCUCAAUCUCUCUGUUGCUGUUCCUUUUUGGGUAAGGUGCAAACAACAGUAGUCUUCCCGACCAGUUCAUGCUAUGCCGCCAUCUAUCUAAGGUAUGCUUUGACCGGUAGAAGUACUCUCAUUCUCGGAGUAGCAGUCGCCGGUGUCGUUGGCAGCCGUUGCAUGUAUCUUUCGGUUUGUCUGCAGUAUGGGUACUGUGAAGCAUACAUCUCACCAUAUGCACCAAGGCCUUUACUUACGACGACCGCCCCACGUUUCAUCAUCACUCCUCACCACGUGCUUGGCAGCAGGAAAGUCACUGGCACGAUCCCUUGCCUCGUUAUCCGGUACACCGGCCAGCAUUCAUCAUUCGCCACAGGCUGUCGACCGGUACAUGUAGAUACGAAUGACUUGCCUCUGUCGAGCGUUGAUCACAUACACUUCUGUGCUGACACCGCCCUGACCAGAUUCAUCCUAGGCAUAUCAGAGUACGCCUCGCUAUUUUGACAAGCCUUUGGCAAGCGCAGACUAGUUGUAUCACCGCUCCUCUACCCGUACAAGAUGUCCCAAGUCAAAGCCAUCCAACCACCUCGCACGACUCGUUCCCCGAGCGUCUUCUCGGCGGCCUCAAUCGAUACCCUCGUUGGAGACCAAAGCUAUCGAGGCUUUCCGUCCCGACAAGCCUACCUUGAGGCCCUACGAGCAUGGGCCGAAGAAAAGAUGUACUACCAUCCUACUGAGCAGCUACGCGGCUUCUAUGGCCAAAAGACCGUCGACGAAAUUUUGAACAAUCAAGGAGGCAAGAUUCCUACAUCCAGAAGAGCCACAGUGGCCCAAGUGGGCACGGCUCAUGAUGGACAGCCAAGUCAGGUCACUGAGCAAGCGGACAAGGAGAACACAGCGAACAGGUUGAAAAAAGUGUUCAGUCGGCGGAAGUCCACGAUGUGAGAUUUGUCGAUGUCAAUUGUCGUGGGAACAAUGUAAAAAAUGCAUGGCAGGGUUUUAUACAUCGGGCAUGCAAGAUCUGUACGCAUUCAUUAGAAGGCAUGUUUGCUGGAUACGACUUAUGAUGGAAAAGGUACAUGGGAUACACAUACACAAAUAAUUCGAUGGCGGAUAACCUGGCUUUCAUCUUUUCCAUGUCAUGGCCUUGCCAUGGUAAUUGACACCAUGCGUUCGAUUCAGCCACGGUCCUUCUUAUACUCUAGCAACGUCAACGACAAAGGUACGAGGUGCUGAAGCCAUCAGUCGGUGAUUCUGGAGAGGCUCCCUCGCAGAAUGUCUUGUCGUCGGACUUCUCAUAAUACCACGUUGCAAUCUACCUUACAUGCAGCGGAAUCGACUCAUCAGACGUCGAGAAGUGCCAACACAGGAGAGUUUUUCCGGAUCUUUUUGAUUGUAUAGAAAAGCAAGGUAGUUAAGUGUCCAUCUGAGUCUCUUCGACAUCACCGAUCUUGACCGGCAAGCCAUCGGACAUUCCUUGUGCAAACGAAACGCAAAUAAGACAAUCCCGAGAAUGGCAGCAAACAAAUCUGCAGUCUUUGCGCAAUAGCACAGAAGAUCGAGAAGUCCCUCUGGACCAAGUACAUGAAAUC